GUGUCAGUGAUGGAGGGAGAUUCUGUUACUCUAUACACUGAUAUUACUGAACUACAGAGAGAUGAUCAGAUACAGUGGUGGUUUAAAAUUCGCAUAGCUACAAUCAAUAGAGCAGCUAAUGAGACAUCAAUAAACGAUGAUGUUCUUGAUGGGAGAUUCAGGGGCAGACUGCAGUUAAAUAAUCAGACUGGAGAUCUCACCAUCACAAACAUCACAACUCAACACUCUGGACUUUAUGAACUGACCAUCAUCAUCAUGAGGAAUGGUACAGUGACCUCAAACAAAUUCAAUGUUACUGCAUAUGCUCAUCUGCCCAUUCCUGUCAUCUUCAGUAGAGUCUCUUCAUCAUCAUCAUCUUCAUCAAGCUUAAAAUGUGUGUUGUUGUGUUCGGUGUUGAAUAUGACAGAUGUGAGAGAUGUGAGUCUGUCCUGGUACAAAGGAAACAGUUUAUUGUCCAGCAUCAGUGUGUCUGAUCUCAACAUCAGACUCUCUCUACCUCUGGAGGUUGAAUAUCAGGAUACAAACACAUACAGCUGUGUACUCAACAAUACCAUCACAAACCAAACUCAACAUCUCAACAUCACUCAUCUCUGUCAGUCGUGUUCAGACACUGUCAAUUCUUGUGCUACGACUGAAGCUGUGAUCCGAUUGGUCGUCUCUGCUCUGGUGGGCGUGGCUGCUGUUGCUGCUUCUGUUGUUUUGAUUUAUGACAUCAGAUCCAGAAGAGAAGAACAGAAGAGAAGUGUGUUUGGUGAUAAAGUGAAGUCAGUGUCAGUGAUGGAGGGAGAUUCUGUUACUCUGUACGCUGAUAUUACUCAAAUACAGAGAGGUGAUUUGUUAGAGUGGUGGUUUGAAAAUCGAUGGACUCGCAUAGCUACAAUUAGUGGAGCGGCUAAUAAGAUCUCACUAUAUCCUUAUGUUCUUGAUGGGAGAUUCAAAGACAGACUGCAGGUGAAUAUUCAGACUGGAGAUCUCAUCAUCACAAACAUCACAACACAAGACUAUGGACUUUAUGAAAUGACCAUCAUCACAAGCAAUGGAAAAGUGACCUCAUACAGAUUUAAUGUCUAUGGUGAGUAA